AUGGGGGACAAGAAGAAGAAGGCUCAAAUGUUUGUAAAACUAGUGUCUGCUGUUAGGACUGGAUUUUUCUAUGUGAAGAGAAAGCCAAGGCAGUUCACAGAGAAGCUCGAGUUUCGCAAGUACGAUCCAAGGGUUAACCGCCAUGUUCUCUUUACAGAGGCUAAGAUGAAGUGAUACACCACCUUUCAAUUUCAUUUCGAUGAUCAUGGCUACAUUCUUGUAGCUGGAACAAUUUAGUACUGUUUUCUUUGAAACAGUGAGUUUGAAUCAUGCC